GCUGCUGAGGCUGAGCAAAGAUGGAGCUGUCUGCAGUGGGCGAGCGGGUCUUCGCGGCCGAGUCCAUCAUCAAGCGGCGGAUCCGAAAGGGACGCAUCGAAUACCUGGUGAAAUGGAAAGGCUGGGCUAUCAAGUACAGUACUUGGGAACCUGAAGAGAACAUCCUCGAUUCCCGCCUGAUUGCAGCUUUUGAGCAAAAGGAACGUGAACGUGAACUGUACGGGCCCAAGAAGAGAGGACCCAAGCCUAAAACUUUUCUGCUGAAGGCUCGGGCCCAGGCGGAUGCCCUACACAUUGGGGAUGUACAUUUUUCUGUCAAGCCUAGUUCUAGCACAUCCUCGCCCAAACUCCACUCCAGCGCCGCAGUGCAUCGGCUCAAGAAGGACAUUCGGCGAUGCCACCGUAUGUCUCGGCGCCCUUUGCCCCGCCCAGACCCCCAGAAUACUGGGGGAGUGGGCGGGGGCUCUGGGAUACGCCCUCCCGUCUCUCCUUUCUCGGAGACCGUCCGCAUUAUCAACCGCAAGGUGAAGCCUCGUGAGCCCAAGCGCAGCCGCAUCAUCCUUAAUUUGAAGGUUAUUGAUAAGGGGGGGAAAGCCACAGGUGGGGGAGGAGGCUUGGCUCGGUCCAAGAUCCCUUCACGGAACCGCGUCAUCGGCAAGAGCAAGAAGUUUAGCGACAGCAUGCUUCGCAACCAGAUCCGCCACAUGAAAUUUGGAAACUUCCCUCUGUACAGCAAGCCGUCGGCUCCAGCCCCAUCCCUUGAGGGGAAGACGGAGGCAGGAAGCUCUCAAGGUGCCUCUUGUGGGCUCAUGGGCUCUACCGCUUACGAUGCCCGCAGUUCUAGCUCCUCUGACUGCCCCUCGCCAGCUCCGCAUUCUUCAUCCGAUCCAGACGAUUCCCCACCAAAGCUGCUUCCUGAGACACUAAGCCCUGCCAUUCCCGACUGGCGUGAGUCAGAGGUCCUCGAUCUGUCAAUUCCACCUGAGUCAGCAGCCACCAGCAAGCGGUCUCCUGGAGGUGGCGGAGGGGGUCACAUGCCCUCAUCCCCCUCCUCUUCUGAUCCAGAACAGGAGGCUGGUGAUUGGCGCCCUGAAAUGUCCCCUUGCUCUAAUGUGGUGGUUACUGAUGUCACCAGCAACCUCCUCACGGUCACCAUCAAAGAAUUCUGCAAUGCUGAAGAUUUCGAGAAGGUGGCUGCUGCUGCUGGAGGAGGAGGAGGCAGCAGCAAGUGA